AUGGCUCCACAAUCGCUGGAUCGCAUAGUCAAAGGUGCACCGCCGCCGAACACCAAUCUAGACAAGGUCGCAGAGAGCAUAGAACAGAGUCCUCCACCGUACUCUGCCUCACUAGCACCUACUACACUACGCUCGAACUCGAUUCUCGCCGAGUCACCCUCACACGAUGCGAACGACCGUAUCUCCUCCCUCAAAGCGCCCCGACUGCCCGUCCUAAGCGAUCCAACGUCCCUCCUACCUUCUUCUCCGCCGCAGAUAUACCUAAACCUACUUAUACUAGAAGCGAGUUUGCGAAGUCAGUAUCUUACGCUGCGCGCGCGAAGACGACAAAACACAUUUGUGCUUACGUUACUUGCGGUAUGGAUUGGGUUCUGUUUCUACCUGCUCUGGCUACGGCCGCGCGAGGACGGGAAGGGCAUUGGAGGCUCUCAAUACUGGCUUGUCGACAUGCUGCAGAAAGUCGGGUUUAUAACAGGCGUUGUCACAGCACUGCUGUUCUGGGCAACCGGGCAGUGGGAGAGGGGUGUAAGAUGGCCAAGACGCUGGAUCGGUGUUGCGAAUCGUGGGUUGAGGGGCAUGAAUGCGAAGAUUGUAGUCAUAAGGGGCCCGUGGUGGAGAGAGCUCGUUGAGUGGGCGCAUUUCGUCGUCCCCUUCUCCGGUGGGCUUUGGGGCGGUGAGCAGGGAGGCAGUUCAUAUCAUUUCAUCAACAUUGCUCAGGAGAAUAAGCACGCCCUAGACGGGGGGCGCCCAAGGCACAAGAUCGUCGAAGAUGGCAAGGAGUACGCGGAAGAAGAUAUUGCGCCCGGAGGCGAUUACAUCAAAUUACUCCUCCUACCUAAGCCCUUCACCCCAGAUUUCAGGCAGGAGUGGGAAGUGUACCGCAACGAGUACUGGGCCAACGAGAACGAGCGAAGAGCAGAGCUUCGGAAACGCGUCCGCGCGAGGCAGCGCGAGAUUGCGCGCGAAGAAGGAGGAUGGCUGUGGUGGACCGGCUGGCGUGGCUGGAAGCGCGCUCGCGGCCUCACAGGCCGCUCAGCAGACGUUGAAAAAUCAGGACAUCAUCACGGGCACGGCCACAGCCAUAGUUUAUCGCACGCGGGCUCGAGGAAAAGAAGGCCUAGUACGCUGCAAAGCGUGAGGGGAAGAGACGGAAGCCACUCGCGGAGCAGUUCAAGGAGUACAACACCGACACCUGACCUCGAUAUCGAUGGAAGGCUUCGGCCUAUGGAAGGUCGCGAACGUCGCUGGAGUAGUAGCACAGCGGGGAGCACUACAACAACGACAUCGCGGCAGAAUUCUAUCCGCUCUGCCUCUGCGAAGCAUUCUAUCACGCAUGGCAAUGCACAAUCUGCGCGCCAGCUGCAGCCUCCCGCUAGGCCAACCUUGACUGGAAGUAGACCCAGUACACCCAGUGAGGGCAAUAUUCCCUGGCAGAGUAAGAGGGCUAGUAUGCUCAGCAAUGCAGAGAGUAUGUCCGACAAGGAAGAGGCGGAGGGGUAUGCGGGGGAUAUGGGACCGCCGCCAUCUAGACCGCAGGUGAAGAGACUGAGUAGUCGAGAAGGAAGUGGCAGCGGAAGGGCGGAGAGCGCCUAG